AAUGCAGUAAGAGUGAGCGUUGAGCUGCAGCAGCAUCAGUGUCUCAGUAUCAGUCGCUCUGCAGCAUGCAUCAGGAAACACACUUCAUCCACACUUUCUGCUCCACAGGAUGUGAGUUCAGGCACUGAUGAGUAAACUUCUUGGACAUAAAUCCAAGGCAGGAGUCUUCAAGGACUGGGUGACAUAUUGAAUAUAAGCAAUCAGGAUGGUAGCAGAGACCCAGGCUGAUGCGGACAGACCGAAGCGAUGGAGGAGACAACGCCAGACCCCGCUUUUGUGGACGUGGACCAGGGUAUGACCCUGGCGUGCAUCGCCUUCCUAUGUCUGCUUCUGGUGGCAAUGAUCAUCCGCUGUGCCAAAGUCAUCAUGGACCCCUACAGCGCCAUUCCCACCUCCACCUGGGAGGAGCAACACUUGGACGACUAGCAGAUUUCCCCAAGACCUCGCCAAAUAAACAUGCACCUGCAUUCAAUCAAUGUUUCAACCAAUGCACGGAUAUCUACGGGAUAUUUAAGCCGAUAGUGUCCUUCUCGCAUGCAGCAUCACUGGCUUUGAAGACAUCUGCAUGGAAACGGAGCUGAAUUCUACCCAACUCUAUUAAACGAGAAGG